AACCCACCAGAAAAACCUGAAGAUAAGGGGUGUCUCGGACACAGUGGCGAAAGAAGAGCUCCUCACUUCAUUAGGAAACAAGUGAAUACACUACUCCCAGCAAAGCAAGCCAAGCAAUUCACAAACGAUGGAGCUUACAGCAUCGCCAAAUAUCCUAAGGCACUGCCUGCAUCCCCAAGGGACAUAAUCUUACGUUGUGGGACAAGACAACACAAACAAACUUUGAUAAGGACUGUUCACAAUCAGUCACCACUGGACUUUCAGUCUCAUAAGAUAUCGAUCUUCCAAGAUCUACACCGCUCGACCUUGCUAUGGAGGAAAACAAUGGAACCCAUCACACAACGGCUUAAAGAGGCAGGAAUACCACAUAAAUGGACUACUCCUAGAGCCUUUAUUGUCACCAAAGAUGGCAUGCAAUUCAAGGCCACCGACGUGGCAGAGGCCACCACCUUCUUGGCAGCAAUUGUAUUGGGAAAUGGUCCACGAGAGCAGAAGGCACACCCCACCACCAGCACAAGAAGCGGACAAGAUGCU